CGCAGCCACGCCCCUUGCCGGGGUUUCUGUGGAGCUGUGGCGGUGCCGGCUUCGAGCAUCCCUGCCCUGGCAGGCUGGGGGACUGCGAGGCUGCAGCUCCGGCGGCCAGCUCCGGAGAGGACAUGUCCAGUGAUGAUGAUGCUGCCCCCACAGCUGCAGAGGCAGCGGGUGACACCCACCUGCUGGGCUUCUCUGAUGAAAUUCUCCUGCAUAUCCUGAGCCAUGUCCCCAGCACAGACCUGGUUCUCAAUGUGCGGCGUACCUGCCGGAAGCUCUCGGCCCUGUGCCUGGACAAGAGCCUGGUGCACACUGUGCUGCUACAGAAGGACUACCAGGCCAGUGAGGAUAAGGUGAGGCAGCUGGUGAAGGAGAUUGGCCGGGAGAUCCAGCACCUGAACAUGGCAGGCUGCUAUUGGUUGUCCGGCUCCACCAUUGAGCAUGUGGCCCGAUGUCACAGCCUGGUGAAGGUGAAUCUGUCUGGCUGCCACCUCACCUCCCUGCGGCUGUCCAAGGUGCUUUCAGCCCUGCAGCACCUGCGCUCGCUGGCCAUCGAUGUGAGCCCUGGCUUCGAUGCCAGCCAGCUGAGCAGCGAGUGCAAGGCCACGCUGAGCCGCGUACGGGAGCUCAAGCAGACCCUUUUCACGCCAUCCUAUGGUGUGGUGCCCUGCUGUGCCAGCCUGCAGAAGCUGCUGCUCUACUUUGAGAUCCUGGACCGCACACGUGAGGGUGCUGUCCUCUCAGGCCAGCUCAUGGUGGGCCAGAGCAACGUGCCCCAUUACCAGAACCUGCGUGUCUUCUAUGCACGCCUGGCUCCAGGCUACAUCAACCAGGAGGUGGUGCGGCUCUACCUCGCUGUGCUCAGUGACCGUACUCCCGAGAACCUGCAUGCCUUUCUCAUCUCCGUCCCUGGCAGCUUCGCAGAGAGUGGGGCCACCAAGAACCUGCUGGACUCCAUGGCCCGCAACGUGGCCCUGGACGCCCUGCAACUGCCCAAGUCAUGGCUGAACGGCUCCACCCUCCUCCAGCAUAUGAAAUUCAACAAUCCCUUCUACUUCAGCUUUAGCCGGUGUACACUGUCAGGCGGUCACCUGAUCCAGCGGGUCAUCAAUGGCGGGAAGGACCUGAGCAGCCUGGCCAGCCUCAACCUCAGCGGCUGUGUGCAUUGCCUGUCUGCGGACUCAGUGCUCCGGAAGGCGGAAGACGACAUUGACAGCAGCAUCCUGGAGACGCUGGUGGAGUCCUGCUGUAACCUGCACCACCUCAAUCUCUCAGCUGCCCACCACCACAGCUCGGACGGCCUGGGCCGCCACCUCUGCCAGCUCCUGGCCCGCCUCUGCCACCUGCGUUCCCUUUCCCUGCCUGUCUGCUCUGUGGCUGAUUCAGCACCCAGGCCUGACCGGGCGCCUGCCCCGCCAGCUAUGCACGCGGUGCCCCGUGGCUUUGGAAAGAAGGUGCGCAUUGGGGUGCAGACCUGUCCCAACCCUUUCCUGGGCCAGUCGGCCCCCCAGCCUGCCUCUGUGUUCUGGUCUCUGCUGAAGAAGCUCCCUUUUCUGGAGCAUCUGGAACUGAUUGGGUCCAAUUUCUCCUCAGCCAUGCCCCGCAAUGAACCUGCCAUCCGCAACUCCCUCCCGCCCUGCAGCCGGGCACAGAACGUGGGGGACUCAGAGGUGGCUGCCAUCGGCCAGCUGGCCUUCCUGCGGCACCUGACACUAGCCCAACUGCCAGGCCUGCUGACAGGCUCUGGACUAGUGAGCAUUGGCCUACAGUGCCAGCAGCUGCAGUCUCUGUCGCUGGCCAACCUGGGCAUGAUGGGGAAGGUGGUGUACAUGCCUGCUCUUGCUGACAUGCUGAAGUACUGCAAGCGGCUGAAGGACCUGAGGCUGGAGCAGCCCUAUUUCAAUGCCAACGCGCAGUUCUUCCAGGCACUGGGCCAGUGUUCAUCUCUGCAGCGCCUGUGCCUGGUGUCUAGAAGUGGCACGCUGCAGCCGGAUGCCGUGCUGGCCUUUAUGGCCCGUUGCCUGCAUGUUGUCGUGUGUCACAUGUUCACUGGAGAAUCCCUCAUCACCUGCAAGAGUCUGCAGCAGUCACUCCUCCGGAGUUUCCAGGCUGAGAGGCCCGCAUUGAACGUCGUCAUCUUCCCCCUGCUCCACGAGGGCCUGACAGAUGUCAUCCGAGAUGUCCCCAUGGUGCACCUGGACGAGAUCACCUUGUUUAAAAGCAGAGUGGCUGAGGAGCCACCGAACCUGUGGUGGUGAGAGGGUUGCCUGGCCCCCGCCCCGCCCGCCACUCUUGUUAGCAGAGACUCUUUCUGUCUGACUCUCCACAAGGGUCCAAGAAGCCUACUGGUCCUUGUUUUGUGAUGGGAAGAAAGAGUUUCCAGUUGUUCUGAGACAUUUACCCCAGUCCUCUUGGGUUCCCUCUCACUUGCUCUCAGGAGGACUUGGCUCAGUAACAAGUAAUCAGGUGGGCCAUGGAUGUGCGAGCCUUCAGGGCCUGGCCACAGUCCCAGGGGCUUUGUGGGCUGCAGGCCCCAAUCCACCUGCUUACUUCAGCAUGAGGACUGUCCUUCUGUCCCUUUGUCCAUGGUCAUCUACAGUUGAGUUCAGUAAUGUGACUGUAUUCACAUGGGGUCAGGGUGGGCUGGGCUCUCACUGUGAAAUACCCACAAUGACAUCUCUGAUCCUGUGGCUCCUUUUCCUACUGAGACACAUAAGGGCAUGGCCCAAUGGCAGAGCACUCGCCUGUUGUGUGUGAAGCCCUGGGUUCCAUCCCCACCACAAAGAAAAAGAAAAUGUUUUAACCCAAUGAUGUCUCUGGGAUGUUUUCAGCCCAAUGAUACCUGUGCCAGAGGGUCCCCUGGGGCAGGAACUGUGGGGUGACAUCAUCCCCAAGCUGAGCCUGAGGAGUUGGGCCUCUGUCUCACAAGGGUCACUUCUCUCCACAGGUCAUAGGCUUCUGCUUACAAACUCUAGGUGCUGUGGAGGUCUGAACGCUUCCUAGGAAGUCCACAACCACUGGCCUUGUUAGGAUAGCUAAGACAGUAAAAGCCAGAGUGUGCAUAGGAUGCUGCGGCAGGAGCACUUACCUGUGUGUCCUUACAGAAAGUCACUGAGAGCUGUGUGUACUGCUUUAGUGAGUCAGUGGGCAUGGUCCCUGGUUUCCAUCCCCAGCACUGCUUACACCUUCAUGGUGGCUCAUACCUGUAAU